UAAUUUUAGGGAGCGGACAGUUGGUGCCCUGAUAGCAAGCGGAGCUGCAUCAGGUGCUUUAACAGAUCCAACGCAGCAGUAUCCAUCUGGAAGAACUCCUGCUGAUUUAGCAUCAGAAAAUGGUCACAAAGGCAUUGCUGGUUUUCUUGCAGAGUCUGCUUUGACAAGUCACCUCUCAGCUCUUACAUUAAAAGAGUCGCCGAGUGGCAAUGUGGAAGAAAUAUGUGGAUUAACAGCAGCUGAAGGUUUUGCAGUAUCAAGUUCUUCCCAGCUUGCAUGUGUUAAUUCUCAGGAAGAGUCCUUAAAAGAUUCACUUGGUGCAGUUCGUAAAUCAACUCAAGUAGCAGCCAGAAUAUUUCAAGCUUUUAGGGUGGAAUCAUUCCACAGAAAGAAGGUUAUUGAAUAUGGAGAUGAUGAUUGUGGAUUGUCUGAUGAACGCACACUUUCACUUGUUUCCCUUAGAGACCCGAAAUCUGGACACGGUGAUUCACAUUUUGCUGCUGUUCGUAUCCAAAACAAGUUCAGAUGAUGGAAAGGAAGAAAAGAGUUUAUGCUUAUCCGGCAGAAAAUUGUGAAGAUACAGGCCCAUGUACGUGGACAUCAGGUAAGGAAAAACUAUCGGAAGGUAGUCUGGUCUGUUGGCAUCGUGGAGAAAGUCAUACUGAGGUGGAGGAGAAAGGGAAGGGGUCUGCGAGGUUUCCAACCUGAGAAACAACUUGAAGGUCCAUCAUGGCAGAUCCAACCUGCAAAGGCUGAGGCUGAGGAUGAAAAUGACUUCUUGAAGGAUGGCAGGAAACCGGCUACAGGCAGGUUGGAUAGAGCACUGGCUCGUGUGCGUUCCAUGAAUCAGUAUCCUGAAGCAAGAGACCAGUACCGCAGGCUGCAAGCCUGUGUUAACAGCCUACGAGAGUCCCAGGCGAUGCAGGACAGGAUGCUGGCUGAUUCAGCUGGCACCGAUGGGGGUGAUUUCAUGACUGAAUUGGAGGAGCCAUAUGCUUCUAAGAGCAUGCCAAAGAGAGAACAAUUUCCUAUUGCAGAUUGCUAAAGAGAGAACAAUUAAAGAGAAUCAUACAACCUGAAGAGUACAACAAAGCCAUAUGCUUCUAAGAGCAUGCCAAGAAAGGGCCACCCAAUAAGAACCAGAAAAAAGCUAGCACCAAAUGAGAUAGUACCCUAUUUAUUACAUCAGAUAAUUAGAUAUCAUGGAUUUUAAAGCCCCUCGGUGAUGGGGUGGCUCAGCCCUCAG